GCUCGUGGCAUCGCCUGGUGCCCGCGUGUCAGAAGACUACUGUCCCAAUGUUUCAACUAGGGAUAAAAAAAUUAAGUCUAAAUCGACGAUUAUACUCACUUUUAAACUGUGUGUGAAAGUUAUAGCCUAUCGACGUUUUUGUGGACUCGAUGGCAUCAGUCGGGUGCUUCGUUUUACAUUAGGAUAACAGUCUUUUGAUCUAGUCAAUUUUUUUAUCGAGAACGGAUAACGAGGAGGAAGAUACUUCGACCAUGGUUGUGUUUACACAGAAUGACUGAAACUAUAUUUUCAAAGAGCAACCGACGCAAGCGGGAUGUACAUUUAUGGAUGGUCUUGGUAGGGCACAUUGGAACUAUAUUACUGUGCGAAUAGCCUACAAUUGACUUUUGCUUCCAAGACUCUACCUUUCGUUCUACCUUUGGGUCUGGAGAUUGUGGUUCUGUCUCUCUGGGAUUGUAGUUUUGUGGGAGAGUGUGGUGUCAUGUCUUGGAGAUAGACCUUGCUAUGACUCUGGUUUGGAAAAUAACUCGUGGAAGGUGUGCAGCGGGUUACAGACAGGAAGGACUCGACCUCGGCAACUGAUAGGCAACCACCGUUUUUACCGAGCGUAAUGCACCUGGCAUGAAGACAGAGAAUGGAUAUUAUUUGGGAACUAUUUGUUAUUCUUCACGCCAAUUUCAUCAUCUGUGUAUCAGCUCAGCCAAAUGCACCUAAAAUACAUGAGGGAUGGUGGGCAUACAAGGAGGUGGUUCAAGGGAGCUUUGUACCAGUGCCGUCAUUCUGGGGGCUAGUGAACUCAGCGUGGAACCUGUGCUCCGUGGGGAAGAGGCAGUCUCCCAUCAACAUCGAGACCAGCCACAUGAUCUUUGACCCCUUCCUCACGCCCAUCCGGCUCAACACGGGAGGACGCAAGGUGGGCGGGACCAUGUACAACACGGGUCGCCACGUCUCACUGCGAAUGGACAAGGAGCACCUGGUGAACAUCUCCGGUGGACCAAUGACGUACAGCCACCGCCUGGAGGAGAUCCGGCUGCACUUCGGGAGCGAGGACGGACAGGGCUCUGAACACCUGCUCAACGGACAAGCCUUUUCAGGAGAGGUUCAACUUAUACACUACAACCACGAGCUGUAUACCAACUACACAGAGGCAGCCAAGAGCCCCAACGGACUGGUCAUAGUGUCUAUAUUUAUGAAGAUUGCGGAGACUUCAAAUGCAUUCCUGAAUCGAAUGUUGAACAGAGACACCAUCACAAGAAUAACAUAUAAAAAUGAUGCAUAUUUACUGAUGGGCCUGAACAUCGAGGAGAUUUACCCAGAAACCUCUAGUUUUAUCACAUAUGACGGGUCGAUGACCAUCCCGCCUUGCUUUGAGACGGCCACGUGGAUCCUGAUGAAUAAGCCAGUGUACAUCACACAGAUGCAGAUGCACUCCUUACGGCUGUUGAGUCAGAACCAGCCGUCUCAGAUCUUCCUGAGUAUGAGUGACAAUGUUCGCCCUGUCCAACCUCUGAACAACCGCUGCAUCCGGACCAACAUCAACUUCAGCAUGCAGGGCAAAGACUGUCCCAACAACAGGGCCCAGAAGCUUCAGUACCGAGCCAAUAUAUCUGGGCAACUGCUGCACAAAAUGUGAAUUUUACCCCUGAAGCAUAUAUACAGUGAGGGCAAGAGUGAAUGAGUGGCUGCUAAAGUAGUCUCUCUCUUGGAUGAGCACAGGAACAAGACACAAAGACAGAGAGAGAGGGGGGGAGAGAGAGA